AUGGCUUCUUGGUGGGAUUUAAGACCCUUCUUUGGUUUUCAGUCUAUUAGAACCCUCUUUCAGGAUUUAUCAAGCAGGAGGCUGGGAAUCUCUGCUGUUACUGGUGCUCACUUUUCAUCCAUUAAUUUUCCAUUGAUAGACAAAAAGAAUGAAGAGGAUUUCAGAACGAGGGAAGUCCAACUUGGUUCACAUACUGUGAGCUCUCAUGGAUGUGCUGUUGCGAGAACACACAAACAUGAUUGGCUCAUUCUCUUGCUUCUCGUGUUGGUUGUUAUCGGCCUGUACGUUAUCCAUCCUUUCCAUCGGUUUGUUGGGAAGGAUAUGAUGACUGAUCUCAAAUAUCCCCUGAAGAGUAAUACAGUUCCUGUUUGGUCUAUUCCCAUGUAUGCAGUUUUAUUGCCUAUAGUGAUCUUUCUUGUUGUCUAUAUCCGAAGGAGAGAUGUCUAUGAUCUUCAUCAUGCUGUGCUGGGUCUAUUUUUCUCCCUUUUAAUAACAGCAGUAAUUACCGAGGCAAUAAAAAAUGCAGUAGGUCGACCGCGACCAGACUUCUUCUGGCGAUGUUUUCCAGAUGGAAAAGAUGUUUAUGAUAAAUUGGGAGAUGUCAUCUGUCAUGGUGAAAAGGAUGUCAUAAAGGAAGGAUACAAGAGUUUCCCAAGCGGCCAUACUUCAUGGUCAUUUUCUGGUCUCGGAUUUUUAUCAUUGUACUUAUCUGGGAAAAUAAAAGCAUUUGAUCGCAGAGGUCAUGUUGCAAAACUCUGCAUUGUUUUUCUGCCACUACUGUUUGCAUCACUUGUUGGCAUUUCUCGAGUCGAUGACUACUGGCACCAUUGGCAGGAUGUGUUUGCUGGAGGUCUUUUAGGGCUUACAGUGACUACAUUUUGUUAUUUGCAGUUUUUCCCUCCGCCUUAUCAUUCUGAAGGCUGGGGUCCUUAUGCAUAUUUUAGGAUGUUGGAAGAAUCAAGAGGAAUGACCCAAGUUCCUAAUGUUCCAAAUUCUGGUCAGGCACAGUUAUCAGAAGUUCAUACUGAUAGUGAGGAGCGACAAGGUUGUCAUGGGUGUAUGGGGUUAUCUUUAUCACGGGAUCAUAAUGCAAUACUGCAUGACGUUGAAUCUGGAAGGGUAUAG